AAACUUCAAAGGUCAUUUUUGCGCUCUGCUUUUUUAUUCCUACUUUAUCCAUCACUUUCGUUGCUUGAAGGAUGAACAUCACUAGACAUAAAGUGGCCAAACUAAAACCAUAUUUAAAACUGUCUUAACUUGGCCGCUUCUGUAAAACCGUACGAAUUGUCGGGGUGACGCACUAAUCUUAAGAUUGUAAAAUUUUUUACAAGUUUGACCUUAAACUGCUCAGUAACCCCCAUUAUCGACGAUACCACUGAAUCGUUGCUGCAUUGUGCAAGUGGCAGUUUAUGUCGGAUGGUCGGACUUCUAGGUGACUUGCAUAUAUUCACUCAUGAUCCCAAUCUCCCAAGUUUGAGGUAUUUUGGGGAAACUCCCGGCGUCAAAUGACCUUCACCAAGGUUAAAGGAAAAUUUUCCGAGGUCUGGGAAAAAUUUGUGGGUUUAAAUGCCAUUCCAUCAAAGUUUACUAUAGAGGCUUCCCCAAAAUUGGGAGCUCGGGAUGCACAACCCUUUUUGCCAAAACACCUGAAACGUUUCCCCUAGUGUUAUCGUAGAACGCGCGGUAACCUUAUAUUGGCAUCUUGCUUCGGUCUGUACACUCGAGCAGUAUCUCAGCCCACACACAAAUCAAGUGUGCGGUGCCCCUAUGUCCCAAUAUUUAUGUUUAAUUCAAUAAAUCGUCUACUAAUAUUGACACUUGCACAAGAAGACAAAGAAUAGGUGGGGGAAGUCGUGCUUAAUUGCCGUUAUUAAUUAAAAUUUUGGUAGCCUUUAGGUUUCAUCAGUUUAUUUAUGAGUAAGCUUCUGUAUAAGGAGAAUAUAUAUGUGUAACACCAGUUUUCAACUUGCUUUUUACUUGUCACAAAUCGUUUCCCGAUUCUUUACUGAUUCAGAAAUUUUUCUAACACCUUAACAAACACACCAAAAAAUGAGUGGAAAAGCAGUUUUGAUGCAGUGAAGCUGUUCUCAUUGUUUUCCACUUCUGUAUACAUAUUUCGUAUUAAUUCCCCACUCAUUUUGAUUGUGCUUGAAUUCGCGAUCUCGUGGAUCAUUUAAAACUUCUGGUGAUGACAGUCUUCUGUUUGGUACUUGCUUUAAGUCUCUAGAUUAUGUAUCUACAACUCCAUAACUUUCAAAGAGCUUAUUAUAGUCACCUAUUUCACAUUUUCUAUUUUUUGUCUUCGGGAUUUACAUCUUGGCAUUUUGAAAUGAAAUUUAGGUUGGACUUUAUUUCAGAGCUCACUUCUGUUGUUGGUAUGUUUGUGAAAGUUCAUAUCAAAAAUGCUUCUGUAAUAGCCUAUUCUGCUGCAGCAAUAACGUGUCAUCUACUAAAUCAUCUGUUCUAAAAAAUAUGCACAUCAGCAACUAAUUACUUUCUGGCUUUUCGAAAAAACACUCAUCUGGAGAGCACAUGUUGAUAUUAGGUUCAGCGUUUCUAUCGUGAUAACAUACUUAACAUCCUAAAAGACGUUUUGUUUUCAUUCGUCUGAUGCUUAGUCACCAUGGCCUUUUUCAUAUUUUCCCGUUAUUUUGUUAUUUUGUCCUCUAAUUGUAUUGUGUUACAUGUUAACUUUAAACUGCUUUCAACUUUUUUGUACUGAUGUGGUGUGUAUAAUACAGAUUAUUGAGCUUCAUUGGCAGAUAAGUUGAAUAUCUUAACGUUCUGGUUGUUUGCUUAGUUUGUUCAGUACCUAUUCAGAUUGUCUACUGAAUUUAAUACUUCAUAUUUAACUUUUUAUUAUUUUUAAAGUGAAUUUCGCUAUAAUUUUUGUUUUCUGUUGUGCUUUCAUGCUUUGUAGCAGUCUUAACAUACUGUGUGUCCAUUUGUUCUUCAUAUAUCGCAAAUUUUAGGUUUCAAGGUUUGUGGCUCUGGAUUCAUGUGUUUUAAGUACUAUUGUCUAACAUUUCUACUUAUUAACUGUAGUGAACCGAAAGUUUGUACGACAAAGUGAUGUCGAGACCUAUCUCUGUAGUAGUAGUUGAAAGACACAAUGAGGUAAGGCAUUCAAUACAUUAUUCAAGGUUUUAAAUUAUAUAUACCGGGCUAUUGGAAGCAAAACAAUUUCCUUCUCUGGAUUGAAGCUAUUACAUUUUGACUCUCAUCCUGAUAUGGGCAUUCCUGAUGUUGAAUGUUCAGAAAUUUUGAGGGACCCUGAACAACUCAUGAAGAAAGUAAGCAUAGAAAACUGGAUAACACCAAUGAUAUAUGCUGGUCAUGUUGACCAUGUCAUCUGGAUGCACCCAACGUGGUCUCGACAGCUCCUGAAUAGGAAGCCAACAUGCUAUUCUAUCGGUGAAGACCUAUGCACGAAAAGAUUAGUGGUUGGCAUCCCUGAGUCCUAUUUCUAUAAUGAUGGUGUAUUCUGUAUGGAGGAGGAUAUUAGCUCUCCUGUGAAAUUCGGGCUAACAGUUGCUCCAAUUCAUGAAACAAAUACGUUAUGUAGAGUGUGUACAGAUAUCAUAUGUGUAUUGCUUAACCAGUCUUUUAUUCUGGAUAUUGAUUUGGAUACUUUUUCCACUCAAAACCCACUUUCUAAUAAGUUUACAGAGGAACAAUUCGAAAUUAUCGAUCGCUUGUAUGCUCCACCUCCACCACUUACUUUGUGUUUGUCUCCGAAAGAUUUGGAAGAUCCAGCCGUUAUUGUGGCUCAUGGUAUGAGCAGUGCUCAUGUUCUAAAUGCUGCUCGAAAACGUCAACUAACACGUCUUUCACAAUGGAUUUCUUGCUGGGAUCGUGGAACAAUUCCAUCAACUGAAGAUUUUCUUCUAUUUCCGUAUGAAUUAAUGGAGUUUUCUCGAUUAAUCCUCUCUCUGACUGAACAGAAAUUUAGUUCUACUGUCUUAAGAGCAGUUAAAAAAACUCUAGAUUUAGCUUACAAACAAACUACUCAUAACAAAAAUCCGCCAUUGAUUUCACUCGGUUCCGAUGAUGAAACCAUUCAAAAUGCUUUAAGAGAAUUCACUAAGGGCCCUGAUUCCAACCUGACCAGCAGCUUACUUUUGGACCAGAACACCUCGGAAAGUAAAAAUUCUUCAUUUGUAUCGGAUUACACUAGCUUUAUACCAAUGAAACGUCGUUCCAGUAGUCCUGGCAGUGUAUAUACAGAUUCAAAAUCUAAACUUCGUUCAUCCGAACCAUUUGUAACAUUUAAUAAUACGAGUCCGGCUGAAGUUGAUGAAAAUUGUCAAUCGUCAAACACUUCUCAGUAUUCUAUGGAAGUAGAUGAUGCGGAUACUUGUAAUCAUAAUGGUUUAAAUGAAAAUCGUAGUUUAAAAGUAGUUUUAACUAAAUUGGAAGCAAAUUCAAACACAUCUUGUAUAAUUGGUGAUGACAAUGAGGGUGGUGAUGUUCUAAGUGUUCAACAAUCUGCUCCUCCUCUAUCAAAUAAAUAUAAUGAAGAAAAUCUGAAUUUUAUGCAUUACUUAUGGUCUGGGUGCGCAGAUCAAAAAUACAAUGCAUUGCCACAUUCUAUAACCACUCCUAAAGAACAGAAUGAGUUAUGUGAGCAAAUGGAAGGUUUGUUAAAUCGUUUACACAAUCCUUGUAUGAUUACGAUUGCUAGAUCUGUGUAUGAUGGUUAUACUCCUACUGAUCAAGUAUCUACCAUACAACUCGGUUUAUUACAAAUGCUUGAUCGUGUUUAUGGGCGUAAUUUGCUUUCAGUCACUUUAGAUUACGAAAAUGCUGAGAGUGACAUAGAAACACUUAAUACAAUGGGAUUUCAUAUCGUUACUCCAGAAGAAUUUCAAAUGGGUGGUCGUCGUAUAUCACCGAUGUCGUGCCUCGCAAGAUCUGAAGGCACAAGUGUUGCUUAUCGUACCGAACCCGGUCGAAAAGAAAUAGUUUGAUCUUAUUUUUCAAUCUGAACUGUCCUUCAGAGUUCCAUGAACAUUCGAAAAACCUGAUAUUUUAAUGGUUUCAUUAUUUUCAAAUGAACUUAUUUGGAUUUCUUUGGACGAUUCACUCUAUAAAUUAAAUGUUCUUAUUUUGUUUGCUCCCAUGCAUGAAAUUGGACGUGGGUGAAAAUAGACAGUUCUCCAGAUUCUGAAAUAAAUGGGGAUGUCUGUUUCAAGGUUUUUUUCAUCAUGAUCUCAAUAUUAUCUAUACUCAUCCUACUUUAUUUCAUGUAACGUUCACCUGGUGCUGUAAUCUCUGAACGUGGCGUCAUUAAACAAAACGUUUCCGUCACUGAGACGAAUGGACUAAUGAUACUUUAUUAGCAGAGAAAAUAUUUUGUCAACCCCAGGACUACAAGUGACCUUUAGUUCUCAUCCUCUACGCCCAAUAU